AUGGUGGAGUACUGGGCCAAGAGCAAGAAAAGGCCCGAUAAGAUACUGUUUGUGAAGUACGAGGAAUUGAAGACCGAGCCGAAGAGACAUGUUUCGAAGAUUGCCGAGUUCUUGGGGAGGCCUUAUGUAAACGGUGACGAAGGAGAAUUAGUUGAGGAGGUUUUGAGUAGGUGUUGUGUGGAGAGGCUGAAGAAUUUGGAGGUGAACAAGAAUGGUUCCGUUUUGCUUAAUGUGCCGAAUAGUUCGUUUUUUAGGAAGGGCGAGGUCGGUGGUUGGAAAAACUAUUUGACGGCUAAGAUGGAAGAGAUGAUCGACCAAACAAGCUGUAUCAAGCUUGAGCCCUUUGGCCUCUUUCUUUAGUUUUUGUGUGUGUGU